AUUAUUCCUUUACUUCAUGGACAUGACUUACGGUCGAUGAUUCCCUUCUUCUAUUUCUGAUCCUCCUUUUUAAUGAAGUAUUCUUGCUGUCGCUUCGUACCAUUUGGGCUGCUCUCGGAUUAUUCUGGUUACCUUCCCUUGAAUUCCUGAACAGACAUCUGAACCAGAACGGUUCCCCUUCAUCUACAACAUGUGCGGUCCAUCCCGGCCUUCUCUCGGUGGUGCGAUUGCAAUCCUCCACCCUGCCCGUCAUCUCGACGACUCCUUUCCUCAGUCCUCUCCUCUCCCACCCUCCCUCGAACAACCAUUCCGCCUCCUCUUCCAUCCCCCUCUAACGACUGGUCCCCCAUCCCCUCGUCUUUGCCUCCACUUCUCCUCGCGUGAUCCAUUCAUGAAAGACGCGUCGGACGCUGUCUGGCUUGUCAUAUACUCUGACGGUGAUCUCGCCUCAAAACACCAACGGCCUCCGCUCUGGCGAUUCCCCGUUUCCGCCUGCAAUGGCAUUGGAGAGCUGGACGGAGCGGAGGACAUGCAGCUCGCCGUGGGGAGCCGAGGGGUUAUCGGAAGACGGGUCGAGUUGCUGCAAGGGCGGAGGACGGUUGCCGAAGGUGUCGUAGGGUGGAACUGAAUCGGUAUGGUAUCCAUGGCACGGUAACGACGGUAAAGACCAACGGAAAAAUUCGCAAUUUGUUGUCGCUAAAUGCACUAUCAGAAUACUUUUGAGCCCUAUUCCAACACCCUGCUCGCUGAAUACACCU